AUGGUUGUCGCAAAAGUUUUUGAAGCCGCUAAGUGGACCGCGGAGACUAUCAAGGGAGCUGCGGUUGUCGUCGCUUCUCCAAAUGCUCCAAUCCCAGCCACUGAUUUGCAUCCACGCAUGCCAGCCCGACCAUGGACCGCACAGGAAUACUUGAGAAUGUGGUCAUGGCGUCAUUGCUGGAAGUAUCUCCCAGUUUUCCGUUUCUACAUCUAUUCCGGUGUCAUCCUUUACGGAGUCUACAAAUUCGUGCUCCCAAUCAAGCCGCGUCACAUGAUCCAAUACCACAAAGGAAAGGAGGAUCAUCACCAUCACGAGGUGGAGCACUGGUACGGAAUUCGUCAGAAGUUGGCCGACAAGGAGUAUUUCAAGAAAUACAACCCAUUGAAGAAAGAGGGAGAAGUGGAAGUUGGACACCACUAA